AUGUUGCACUUAAUCAAGUCCACCUAUUUAUGUAUCUCGUACAGACAACAAGCAUGGGAUUGGCUGAUAGACUGCUACCGACUGCGUGUGGAUGAUUCGUAUGUAUAUGGAGGCGAGCUUAGGGGUGUGUACGACCCGGCACAUACAGGGAGGACUGUAUCCGAUGAUUUCCUGCUUUUCUGCAAAUUGGCUGUGAAGCACGGUGUUAUUCCCGAUUUGGGUCAGAAUUGGGGCUGGGAUGGGUUCCUGAAAUUAGCGCUGGGUAUGAUUCCGUAUGCCUUUGAGAAGAGCGAUGCACACGAGAAGUAUAGUGCGAAAAAUCGUGAUUUCAAGUUCAACCCGAUGCUCCCUGUUCUUCUAACAAUGAGGUUUGUAGGCGCGCGCGUGUAUGGAUUUGACCUCACGGGCCAAGGUGCAGAAAAUGCCAAGGAUUUUCAGGAGUUAUCAGCGUUAAUCGAGAGGUCUGGGAGUGUUUAUAAUGAAAAGGGUGCGCCCGAUGACCUAUACAUGGAGGUGGGCGGCGAAAGUGGGUGGGAUGAAUUGCGGGCGGGUAUCACACCAUACUACGAUGCCGAGGAACGCGAGAACGGCGACUUUGACGAGUGGAGAUUUAACUAGCAAUGUCAGGAUAAAUGACAAAACUGUUUUAGGAUUAGAAAAUAUACACCUGAUUCGAUACAACGAGGGAACAAGAUAACGUCAAGAUCAAAAUCAAUAUUACUAACAGAGGAUAUACAUCUGGUUAAACAUAACAAGCGAACGUCGGGAUUGAAUACACUAUUACUAACAGAAAACAUACACCUGGUAAGACAGAACAAGAACGUCAGAAUUAAAGUCAGAAUUUCUAUCAGAGGAUA